UCUACAAAAAGAUUACUUGCUUCGAUGUAUAACUUUCAAUUAUUUAUGUCUUGGGAGAGAUUAUCUCACACAACAAGCAUCCUUACUUGAACUUGUCACCAAGUUAUCCUCCUCUUCCUCUCUAUCUCACAUUUAGAAAUUGUUUAACAGUUGAAACCUCCCUCUCUUACACUCCUCUCAUGCUUUCAUCUUCAGCUCUUCUUUAACUCAAACUCUUCUUUUGAUGCUUUCUUAGCUUCUUCCUCUAAAUGUCUCAUCACCAUCACUAUGAAACCAACCCUCAUUUCGCGCGCCUUCCAUCUCAGAAUCAACACGUCAAAGGUGGUGGUGCCUCUACCUCACAAACACCCCCACAUCAAACCUCAAAAUCUCACCCCAAAACUGCACCAGGAAUCCAAAUCAAGCCUCGUGAUCGCCACGGUAAACGACCAGUCCAAGAACCUCCUCAUUCCGUGAUACCUGUACCACUAAGACCAGAAGAGAGACUACCACCACGGGAAACUCCAAACUCUUCCAAAAUACCAGUACUAUCAAGCCCUGAAGAGAAACGACCACCACGGAAAAACCCAAACUCUGCUAAAAGACCGUUACUAUUAAGCCCUGAAGGUCAUCAACGAUCUCCACCACCACAACAACCACAAGCACCACGCGGUUACGCAACAUCAUUACCUCCAAUAGCCAAACCAACUCCAUGGAGAAACGCUCCAACACCAUCACCGCAUCGCCGUGGUGGCCACCGGACGCCACCACCUUCAAGAGACCAAACAAACACAGCCACAUGGUCAGCUGCAUUCUGCUGUGCCAUCUUCUGGAUCAUUCUUAUCCUCAGCGGUCUAGUCGUCCUAAUCGUCUACCUAGUGUACCGUCCACGCUCUCCUCACAUCGACAUCUCAGCCGCUAACUUAAACGCCGCUUAUCUCGACAUGGGGUUUCUUCUAAACGGAGACCUAACCAUGUUAGCAAACUUCACAAACCCAAACAAGAAAAGCAGUGUAGAGUUCAGCUCUUUGACGUUCGAGCUUUACUACUACAACACUCUUAUAGCGUCUCAGUACGUUGAGCCUUUUAAGGUUCCUAAGAAAAUGUCCAUGUUUGCGAAUGUUCAUCUCGUGAGUAGUCAAGUUCAGCUCGAGCCAACGCAGAGCCGUGAGCUGCAGCGUCAGAUUGAAACCGGUCCGGUUUUGUUGAACGUGAGAGGAACGUUUCAUGCACGUUCGAACUUAGGGGCGUUGUUUAGGUACUCUUAUUGGUUGCAUACUCAUUGCAGCUUUUCUUUGAAUAGUCCUCCUUCAGGAGCUAUGCGUGCUAGAAGAUGCAGUACCAAACGCUAACGUAUUUGCUAUUUUCUUUUGCUCUAUUUUUUUUCGACACAUUCGGAAAAUAAUUGAUUUUCUGUACUCAUUGAUAACUCUUAUCAGAUUUGUUUAAAUAUUUGAUUUUAUGUGCGUUACUAAUUUUUACAAAGUAUAGAAUUAAUGUUCUAAACUUAGAAUGCUCUAUUAAGCCUUUCUUUUUAAACUUUAUUAAUGUUUCAAGAAAGAGAUGAAUAAUAUACCAAAUCUUUUGCUUGUAAUUUUAACUUGCUCUUAAAUCUUUGACUUGUAAUAGUAAUUUACUUGCAUAAUAAACACCAAAAAGUUGUGUGAGAUUCUUGUCCACUAAAGCACCAAAAACAUAUAUUAAUAAUUUUCCCUUCAUAGUUGAGAGUUGUGACAUCAAUCAACUAAGUAGAUGUGUAAAUUAAGACUACAUUUUAGAUAUGAAUCAUUCCCACUGGACGAAUAUUAUAUAAAUAUUUAAAAUUUUGAAAUAUUUUCAAGAAAAUGAUUUGAAAAUUUUCCCCAAUAAUCAUGGUUUCGUGUUUCUUUUGCAUUGCGAAUGAUGUACUUAGGUGUGGACCAAAUAUAUCUUUUUGGGUUCUAUUUCUAAUCCAUUGUUAUUUUCAUUUUUAUAAUAACUUUUUAGAAGUGAAAUUGUUCUAACACAUCUCUAUUUCUUUCUCUAUAAUAUAGAUUUCUAUUUUUUUCUCUGUUUAUAGAUAAGAAAUAGUAUUUCUCUAUUUUUUACUCUACGUUUAAAGAUUGUUAUUUUAGAAAAAUACAUUAAAUCAUAUCUCACCUUAAUUAUAGAGUUCUUUUAUUUUAAAAAUGAAAAUAGCAAAACACAUUGGAAAUAGUCUUAAGUCUAAAUUUAUUAAGCCAACUUUGGAUCAGCCGAACAAACAUGGAUCCACCGGAUUGAUCUUGUACGGUGCAUUCAAUUCUAUUUCACUUACAUUUUUUGUCAUGUUUGCAAAGUGUAAUUAAGCAUGGGAAUAAGAUCCGUAAACUGAAAUCCGUAGAACCUGAUCCAAACCCAGUCAAAAAUGUAAAAAAUAUUCGAAUGAAUCUUGUAGUGUGUUACAAAAAAAAAUAUCUGAAUCCGAAGUGUUAUUAACCAUAUCCGAACAGAUAACCCGAAAAAUCCAAUAAAU